CCGAUCGGCACAAGACAGUGCCUCCCACGAUACGUUCUCGUUGCGGUCGCAUCUUUAGCACGUCCACGUUCACGUCCACGUUCACGUCCAGGUCUUCGUCUUCGUCUACGUUCGCGUUAACGUCAACGUUCACGCACCGGAUUCGCCCGAAUGAGGAUAUAAAAUAAGAACAAGAGAUUCCGAGUUCUCGGCCAAUUAAACGGUGUGAAACGUGCUUCCGGUGCUUCCGGUGCUUCCGGUGCUUCCGGUGCUUCCGGUGCUCGCAGUCUAGAGUGGUAGUUGGUCCUUGCUUCUACACUCUCUUUGCUCUCUCUCUUUCUCUCUUUCUUUCUUUCUUUCUCGCCCUUCUUCGCUCCUUCUUUCUGAUUCACUGCCAAAUUUUCAAGAAACGUCCCUGACAGUCUAACCGAUCAAAAGAUCAAAAGCCGCAAACUCUGUCCGCCUUGCGCCUUACGGAAUUCGCGAGAAGAUGGAGCAGUAGCCCCCAAGUGGGCCUCCUCGUCGCUGCCGCCACCGUUACUCUCAGCGUCUACGUCGCCGUCUUCUUCGUCCAGACUUUUUCAUCCACGCUCCGUUCCUUUACCAGCAUCUCCAUUCUCCCCUCUUCGCUGAGUCUCCUCGUAUCCGGCAAUUUCCUUUUCCGGUUUUCCGUCCUGCCGUACGUCAAUCGACUUUACAUUAUUCGGCACAGUGCAAGAUAGCAAAGGAAGGCGUUUAGGAGUCGAGCGCUAAUCGGCCGACGAACUAGAAGAAAGGAGCGAAGGAGGAAAAGAGACAAAGGAAGUGCAAGAGCUCGAAUAGAGAAGAAAAAGAGACAGAAGUAGGGGAAGGUCUAGAAGAGAGAAGGAAAAAGCGCGCGCGCGCGCUCUAGCGCGUUCAUCGAGAACCCGAGAGGAAAGGAGCAAGAGGGUGAAAGAGACACGUUCAGAUUGUCACCGCCUUGACGACGACGUCGACGACGAAGAAUCCUUCGAGACGGCCUGACCUGACUUUGCGUCAGCGUCCGUCCGUCAUUGAGGUCGCUCCCUCGGCUGUCUCACUGUUCCACUGCCCCACAACCGCGGCCUCAUGAUUGGUUCAUUCUGGAACCUGUGUCGUGCGUGCCCUUCAAUGCCGAUGGACAAGCAGCUCCAUUCAGAGUACAGGAGCACCUACACAUGGCACGAGUACACAGGGCCGCACCAGGAACACACGGUGGUACGUCGGGCGCCACAACCGCCAACGACGUCCACGAAACAAGCGAAUGCGAAGCUACAGUCGGCCAAGUCAACCGAGGAUGAGAACAGCGAAGGACCAACCCUUGAGCCGCCAUUGCCAAGACGAAAGAAAUGCCCGGAACUUGCCUACAAGACCCACGAGUUCAUAAACGCUCCCGACGGAGGCGGUAUAGAUGGGAUCGACUCUAAUGUUGUUGCUGACAAAGUCCGCGAAGUAACGGCAACGUCUGCACUUCCGCCGAGUCAACUAAGCAAAGCGAUUUCCCGGAUCAGCACCGAGUAUCGACUUCAAUUCGCUUGGCCCAGACGUCCUCAACUCACUAAUGGAGAAGCCGUGGCUCCGGUUGCUCCUGCAGGAGGUGCUGCCAGCACGGCGGGACUUCCUAGAAAAUCGUUGAGCAUGGGCGCCCUGAAGCAGGGCAUAGGACCAACGGCGCCGGCGCCGGUUCAUAAGAAACGAUCCGGCGACGUCGAUCACAAACGAGACGGUGUUCAAGCGUCGGAGCUGGAGCCGUUGGUUGGAGGACGCGGCGCCGACGCUAUCGAUGGCGUCGUACUGGAAGCCGAUGAACGCGAGGAGGAUUUGUUGGAGCUUAAAGUAGCCUUCAGGGGUAAAAGAUCAGUAAGUAAGACCGUAAGGAUAGCCGACAAGGAUGAUUCUCGAGCCACGAAGCCACAGAAGAAAGCAUUUCCUACGGCCGAAGUAGCCGAGCUAAGACGACUCGCCGAUGAGUACAAGCAUCGCGACUGGGGCUGCGGGCUGGCGGCUGAAGACGAAGCGUCCCUCUGGAAGCGUGUCUCCUGUAACCACGCGCUCGACGCUCUGUCCCUUGCCAGGUCUGUCACCAAGGAGGAAAAGGAGAAGGAGAACACGAGAAAGGUCGGACCGGCACCGGCACCAACGACCACGAUUCCACCAGCAGGUCGACCCUCCUCUGUUCACACCAGACCGAUACACGGAAUCCUCCAGGACGACACCAAGGCGGAUAAUGAUAGAGCGAUUGCUCGCGCAAGAAAGGAUUUCUUGAUUCGCCAUCAUCUAGAUCGUACCACCGGAGUCGGCGACGGAGCGCUGCUUCCCUCUCCGACAAGAGAGAAGUUGGAGCCAGUGAUUCCGCGUCGACGAGAGGAUUCUAAAGAAGCUCGCGAAGAGAUCCAGCCGAGGACUAAAUCUAGUCCAAAGAAUAGUCCUCGUACAGGACGCUCGCAGAGCUUGGGACCGAGUCUUGCUGAGCGCAGAUCACCGAAGCGGCAGCCGCCACGGGCACCGUCAGUCACUAAGGACGCUAAGGAUAAGGAUAAAGACAAGGAGUCGAGAGAUAGGAGCAUCGAGCCUGAGAGGCAUCCACGACCAACCGUGGGUGGUCGCGUCCGAUGGAGCAUAAGAGAACCUUCCUCCACUUGCUCCGCUUUAUCGACGAGCGAGCCGCCUAUACCACCGUUACCGCCGCCACCUUCGGGCCCGGGGCCGACUCCGCUCCACAAGAGGCCCCCUCAAACCUACCGGAAAUCCUCCCUCGCAACCACUGCUCCUCCCCAUCGCCCUCUUCAUCAUGCCAAAUCCGUAAGCGCAGUAAAACACCCGGUAAAACAUUCAGUUCAUUCGAACGUCACUCACCACCAGCACCCACAACAACCACUUCUACCGCUACCAUCUACCUCAGCUACCUCCAUCACCUCAGCUACCUCAGCUACCUCAGCUACCUCAGCUACCUCAGCUACCACUGCUGCCGCUGCAGCCAAACUGGAGCGCGUAAAGCAUGCUCCGUGCCAAGGUCAGACUCAGGGCCCGAGUCAAGCUCAGGUCAAAACAGUUGGCCCGCCAGCUGCUGCAGCAGCGGCUGCCACUCCACAACCAUCCAAAUCGUCCUCUGAUCCGCGAUACGCGAAUCGAGCUACCGCCGGCCAAGCUAUGACGGCCGAGCCACAGCUCAACGGAGAUGCAACCGGAGGGGAAUCGAGCGUAGCGUCGACACCACCCUCGCAGGCAACCGCAGCAAUGCCAAGCGGAUCAUCGGUUAUAGCAGCCAGUCCCUGGCUGGACGACGAGCCCGUGGUGAAGAGUCCUCCGGAACCAACCCGCGUCAAGUCCCCCGAACAGAUGAUCAUGCGCUCUCCAGAACCCGUCAAUUGGACAGUACCUCUAGACACGGGAAAGACAUUCACCGUUACGCAAAACGUCCGGGAAGGAGAACCACUGACUCGGCCCCAUAGCGAGGCGAAAACGUGGGCGCCGUCCUCGGUACCGUCAGCUCCGCAGUCUGCACCACCCGAAUUGGCUGCGCAGCACAAAUCUCAACAUUCGCAUUACUCAGGGUACAAGUCACCGGAGAGCGAGAGCGUCUCCCUCGGGAGCUUCAGCGGUCUCAACGGGCACAAAGAUCUCGACUCUGAGAGAGACAGUCCUCUGCCUAUGAAUCUUCAGGGCACACCUACCCCAACACAAAGCGAUAAGGCUCCCAUAGACGUUAUUGGCGAGCAAACGAAGAACGAAAGAUCAGAGCCAGCAAUAAAACCGGUAGCGGGAACAAAUCUUAGAUGCCUGGAGGAUCCGGUCUUUGAAUUCGACCGGAAGAAGGAAGGCGAUCUGUCGGUCGCUGGCCUUCCGCAACAGGGUUAUCGUGUGCUGGAAGCUGAGUCUCCUGAGGCAACUCCCGGUGCUCCAGGGGUGGUAGGCGGAGGCGUGAGUAGCGCGCCUACUGCAACCAGUGGCGUAGGUAGCGGUGCCCCUGUCAUCGCCGGUAGCGGUGGUUAUCAUGUUCUCGAAGCACCAGCAGUCAGUCCUGGUUCCACUCAGCGUUCCGUCACCAGUGACGUUCUCGAAAAGGCUCGUACUCGCUUCGACAAGUUCUGGGGUAAAGGCGGCGCCGAAAAUUAGAUAGGUUAGAAUAGGCAUUAAACUCGUCGAGACUACAAUUAAUUCGCGUGUUACGAGAAGUUACUUGUUCUGGUAAAGUGUGAGAAUCACACGGCUCGGUUACGGCUCUUCUUCGACCAGCGCUGCUCCUGAUGCGUUAGCUUUUAUUUUCUUUUCCAAUAAAUUUCAUCUUCUUUGUCGACGCGAUACAGUUGUCUCGAUCCAGCAUCACAAUGAAGUCGAAGCAGCCAUGGUUUUAAAUAUAAUGGUAAUGUGGUGGGUAAAAGUAGAAACGCCAAUGACGGCAGUUCUAUGAAUUCGAUACAGAAUAUCACACUUUGUCAGUUCAAGUCGACGCUAUCGAAACUUAUUCUGCAGGUAAUUCAGUAUAAUAGUAUACUAGUUACCGUUGCAUUAAAAAAAAAUUUCAAAAUUAAAGAUGAUCACAAGACACACGAAGAGUAUUAUCGACGACGGCAACGACGCGAACGAUGAUGAUGAUAACGACGAUGAUCGUAAUGAUAAUGAUGUAUUGAGAAAAAUAAUAGAGAGGAGAUACAGAUUCCUCUCGUAAAGCCAUUGUACGUUAACAUUCCGUCUGAUUUUGCUUAAACACAUUUAUUUAUAUAUUUCUUUUGAAUUAAGGCAAUAACAAAAACUGCAGUGUACCUCGAUACUACGAGACGAUCGAUGCGUUAAACGUGGGUUUCCAUCCAUCCAUCAACUUGGCCGACGCCGUUAACGAAUAAUGGCGUCUCCCUCGUACCCAGGGGAACCCCCUUCUUAUUUUCCAAUGAAAAUACGAAGACAAAAAAGAGCUUUUCUCUCAGUCACGCGCAUACAACACACCAGUACACCACACUCCAUCCAACUCCACGUCCAACGUCCAAAAUUAAAAAUCAACCGUAGAACGAAAAAAAAAAAAAAAAAUUAACGACUGACGGCACUCGGUAAACGUAGGAUGAUCACAACUAUCAAAUGUGAUGACUGUCUGCAACCUCAUGGAAAUUCGUCCUCGUCGAUGGCGUCCUUAUACAUCGCACCUAUUUAUUCUAUCCUACCUAAUCUAAUCCUGUCGACUUCCUAUCCCAGUCCUCAUAUAUUAACACAUAAGUAUCUGCGUAAUUUCCUGUGUCUAUUAUAUUUAAAGUCGCCAGUCUUCGCAAAGUGUUUUUCCAUGAGGUGAAGGAUCGAGGGUUGUCUGCACCCCGAGUUUUUCUUCUUUUUGACAAAUGUUUACACCUUGACCUCUCUCUCUUGGGGGAUAAAUAAAAUUAAUAAAAUAAUGGGCUGGACAUUUCUCAUGGUAUAAUUGUCAGGCUCACCGGACGCUCCAGUAUCUUUAACGAGAGAAAAGCGGGGACGAACGGAUUUUGCCAAAUUUGAUCGCAUAAGCUCUGCCUCGAUUAAGCUCGGUCUCAGGUUGGCUCGAUUCACAGACGCUUAUGCAUUCGGGAGCACCUCGCAAAGCUUACACUGCCCGUCCGGAUUUAGAGAAAUUUACUUAUCCUGUGAUUUUCUGCUACAUAAAUAUUAAUAACCCCACGAAGAAAUGUAUAGUUCAGCAGUUAUACGCGAAAUAGGACGCCCUAUUAAAAGAAAAUGAAAAAGCGAUCCGGAUAUCAUUCUUAUGUCCCGAAAUAUUUAUUUGACGAAUGAAAAUCUGCUUGAAGUUGACUGAACCAAUUGAAUCUUUCAAAUCAAAAUAAGGAGACGUUCAUGUGACUCGGCGAGCAAACAAUUUUGGGACAGGUUUACGGGAUGAAUUUUCAGCCGAACGAGGAUUGAAAAAAAAAAUGCUGGACGUGCUGGACAUGUUUUAUGGUGAAGAUUGCACGAGUAUUUUUGUUAAUCUCCAAAUUAUUAUUUGGUAACCUUAUCGUGACAAUUCGCUGGCCGAUUAUUGUAUCGAUGCGGAUCCUCGGACGAUCCUAGACACUUUAUCAAAACUGACUAAAUUAUCAAAGGAUGGAAUUCGCGCCAUUACUAAAGUCGGGUGAAGUAAGGGGAUGGGAAAGAAAGGAAGGAAGGCAGAGAGAGAGAGAGAGAGAGAGGACUAUAUUUUGAGUAGAGCUCACCCGGGUAAUGCAGAAGAAUCAGGGCAUGUUGGAUUCGAGCGAGACGAUGACGAGCGUGAGUCAGUGAGAGUGAGAGUGAGAGUGAGAGAGAGAGAGAGAGAGAGAGAGAGAGAGAGAGAGAGAGAGAGAGAAUUUUACUACUGAGUAUCUAUAACCAAUGACUCGUGACUCGUUCGAAUUCGGCACACGAAAUGGAGGCUACCCGGGAUUUCGUUUGCAUUCCCGCCUUAGUCUCUACGCCUACUACAAAUAGAUAGACUAUACUAUAUUAUAAUACGACGAUUAUAUACAAAAAAUAUAUAUUAUAUAUAAUAUAUUACCAAUAAAUUGAGGAUAAGUCGUUGGUAUAGGAAAGAGUGACCUGACGAAUGAGAGAUGAAGAUAUAUACUGUUUUGGCAAAAUACGAGAAUCGCGAGAAAUUGGAGCGUGAUUACAAGUAACAACGAAAUAGCGAUGCGACGUGAUAUGGUUUUACCCUAAUUUAACGAAUGCGUGAAUAUAAAAGAAAAGAUAAGAAAAAAGUUCCUUCUUUGUAAAUAUUUUAAUGCGUAACUGCGUUAUCGCUGAAGACAUUCAGACUGUUACACAAAGAGAACGAAAGAUUGCAAGAAUCUUGAGUCCAUCUACGAAAACGCACUAAUUAUCUUUUUACAUUGAGUUUAAACCGAUCAGUUCCAAGUCAAUUGACAGGUAUAACAGAUCUCUAGAAUUACUUAGUCGUUAUUUUUUUAAUUUUCAAUUUGAUGAUCGAUCACCGUUCGAUCUCAUGUCAUUCCCGUCGUUUGAAAUAUUUCAACGACAUCCGACGAAGAGAGAAUACGGGGUGCAAGAAACGAUCAAGAGACAUCGAGUAAUAUUUAUAUGAAUAGUGAGGAAUAGAUGAUUCGGUAACAGCCAAUGAGAAUGAGAGAAUACAGUGGGACGUUUCUCAUAUUUUGCUAAACAGUCUCCAGAAAGGGACGACCUAUAUGACUGAGAGUAUUAUUAAUUUAUUACAACUCAAUGUAACCGGUAAGGGUAGAAGAGAGGGCAGUGCUGGAACAGGUUUUUGUUGCGCACUCCUUACGUUAGGAAAUGAAGAAAAAAAAAGAAAAUACCCAUAUAACAAAUAAACGUACCUAUUACAAUUACACAGAGAACUCACACGGGCACUCUAUAAGAGAAAUACAAAAUUACACUAAUCCCACGUACAUCGUGCUGCGAUGAUAAUAUUUAACAUAGAACAAAACGUAAAAUCAUUAUCGACGAAUACGAGCUCUGAAUAAAUAUUAUGUUAUCGGAUAAUUAAUUAUAAUCACCGGUAUCAUUGUUAUUGUGUAGAUAAGGAGCAUCUCUAUGCCGAGAAGACACGAGAUGUAAUUAUCGAGGAGCAUAAAUAGCAUUUGCCUUUUCGUUGCCUUUUUACGUCGUUAAAUGCGUGGAUGCAUUCGUAAGAGGCAUCUUGUGUAUUUUAUGCGUGUUAUGCAUUUUAUGCAGUAUGUAUGUACACUGUCGCAUACAUUUGCGUUGCGCAAUUUAUUUAUUUGCUGUGUGUGAUGUAAUAGUUGAUGAGUGAUAAUCAUUA